UAAACAUUGGGAAAAUAAAAAUACUAUUAUCGCCACAACGACGAGAUGAAGCAAAGAUUUUCUUCUAUCGACGUGAAGGUCAUCGCCCAUGAACUUUCCAAUGCAUUGGUUACUUUGCGCGUUUCCAAUAUCUACGACUUGUCGUCGAAGAUUUUCUUGAUAAAAUUUGCGAAACCAGAUAACAAACAGCAGAUUCUCAUAGAUUCUGGCUUUCGAUGUCAUCUCACCGAUUUCUCUCGAGCGACUGCAGCUGCUCCUAGUGUAUUUGUGCAAAGAUUAAGGAAAUACCUAAAGACAAGACGAGUAACCCAGGUCUCUCAAAUUGGAACAGAUCGCAUAAUCGAAUUUCAAUUCAGCGAUGGACAAUACAGGUUAUAUUUGGAGUUCUAUGCGGGAGGCAAUAUCAUUCUCACGGAUAAGGACUUGAACAUCCUAACCUUACUUCGAGUGGUCGACCCGGGAGAGGCUCAAGAGGAAUUACGAGUUGGACUUAAGUACUCUUUGGACAAUCGCCAGAAUUAUGGAGGAAUACCUGAUUUGACGAAAGAACGACUUCAAGAAGCUUUACAAAAAGGGGUGGAUAAGGGAGAGGAUAAUUCUGGAAAGAAGAAGAAGAAGCCUGGAGAUGCAUUACGAAAGGCAUUGGCUGUGUCCAUCACAGAAUUUCCACCAAUGCUAGUGGACCAUGCAAUGCGUAUCACAAAUUUCAAUUCCUCUUUAAAACCGGCCGAAGUUUUGCAGAGUGAAGAUCUCUUGGAUCAUUUGAUGAAAUCACUUCAAGAAGCUCAUCGAGUUGUUCAAGAGAUAACUAGUUCCGAAACUGCAAAAGGCUACAUUGUAGCGAAGAAGAAGGACCCUCAGACUCCAUCAGAUGAAAAUCAGACAGACACUCGAAAAGGUUUACUUUAUGAUGAUUUUCAUCCAUUCAAACCAAAGCAAUUCCAGGAUGAUCCUUCAUUGGUCUUUUUAGAGUUUGAGGGUUUCAACAAAACUGUUGAUGAGUUCUUCUCCUCAAUUGAGGGACAAAAACUCGAAUCAAAGCUCGAAGAGAGAGAAAAGCUAGCCCAAAAGAAAAUCCAGGCGGCACGAAAUGAACAGGCCAAACGUUUAGGCGGAUUACAAGAAAUACAGGCACUGAAUGAACGUAAAGCCGGUGCUUUACAAGCUAAUGUUGAGCGGGUUCAAGAAGCAACAGAUGCUGUUAAUGGCUUGAUCGCGCAAGGCAUGGAUUGGUUUGAAAUUGGGCGUCUAAUCGAAAGGGAACAAAAGUUCAAUAACCCGGUAGCUUCAAUGAUUAAACUGCCCUUAAAAUUGGAAGAAAACACAGUAACAAUUUUAUUGGAUGAAGAGGCGUUUGACGAAGAAGAAGAUUCUACUUACGAGACUGAUAGUGAUGUCUCCGAAAGUGAAGAUGAGGACAAUACCGCUAAGACCAAUAAGAAGAAGGAGAAGGUUGCGGACACCCGGAUCCCUAUUGAUAUUGAUCUAGCAUUGUCCCCGUGGGCCAAUGCGCGCAAUUAUUUCGAUCAAAAACGUUCAGCAGCAUCAAAAGAGGACAAAACCCUGCAAUCAUCUUCGAAAGCGUUGAAGAGUACUGAAGCGAAGAUAGCUCAAGAUCUAAAGAAGGGGUUGAAGCAAGAGAAGGCCAUCUUACGACCUGUUCGAAAACAGAUGUGGUUUGAGAAAUUCAUUUGGUUUAUAUCUAGUGAUGGAUAUCUAGUACUGGCAGGAAAGGAUGCACAACAAAGUGAAAUUCUUUAUAAGAGAUAUCUCAAGAAAGGGGAUAUAUAUUUGCAUGCAGAUAUACGAGGUGCAGCAUCCGUCAUUGUUAGAAACAAUCCAAAAACACCGGAUGCCCCAAUUCCUCCACAAACUCUAAGCCAAGCUGGAACCUUGGUAGUUGUUACGUCAAGUGCCUGGGAUUCUAAAGCUGGUAUGUCUGCUUGGUGGGUAACUGCAGAUCAAGUAUCAAAAUCUGCUCCUACUGGCGAAUUUCUUCCCGCUGGUAGUUUCAAUACCCAUGGGAAGAAGAAUUUCUUACCUCCUGCUCAGCUACUCCUUGGUUUUGGAGUUCUUUUCCAAAUCAGUGAUGAGAGUAAAGCUAGACAUGUCAAGCAUAGACUUCAAGAUGAUUCGCCAUCGGGUGGCACAACCACAGAUGCUCCUCCGGCAGAUGAGCCAAGUCCCGCCAAAGAAGUUGAGGUUAAUCAUCAAGAUGUGGAUGAUUCGGAAGAUGAAGAUGCCGAUUCGAAGCCUAACCCUCUACAGGGUGAAGUAGAACCAUCUGAUGAAGUCGCCACACAAGAGAAACUUGAGAAUCUUCAAAUCGACGAUAAGAAGCCCCAGCCAUCGGAAUCUGAAGCACAAGUGGAGGAAUCAGGCGAAGAUUCGGUCGAGGAGUCACAAUCACAGUCUAUCUCCACUGGUAAAAAAGCAACACCCGUUCAAAACCCACCCAAAAAGGGUCCUGCACCAGCUAAGCGAGGCAAAAAAGGAAAGGCCAAGAAAAUUGCACAGAAAUACAAAGACCAAGAUGAAGAAGAUCGUAUCGCUGCUCAAGAAAUUAUUGGAGCUGCAGCCGGUCAAGAAAAAGCGGAAGCGGAAGCGAAAGCGAAAGCGGCUCGAGAAGCGGAAUUGGCAUUCCAAAAAGAACGUCGACGAGCUCAACAUCAACGUACGCAAAAGGAAACAGCCGAGCAUGAAGAGAUGCGAAAAUUGAUGCUUGAAGAUGGUAUCGAUACUCAUGAAGAUAAUGAGAUUGAAACCAUGACAUCGCUCGAUUCUUUCGUCGGUCUUCCGUUACCGGGCGAUGAAAUCCUCGAGGCGAUACCGGUUUGUGCGCCAUGGGCUGCGAUGGGAAAAUAUAAAUAUAAAGCCAAGAUUCAACCGGGCGCGCAGAAGAAAGGUAAAGCGGUGAGAGAAAUUCUGGGGAAGUGGAUGGCGGCGAGUACGGCGAAGGGUGUCCUCGAUGAAUCGAGUAUGGAUGUGGAAAAAAUCUGGCCGAGAGAAAUGGAUUGA